GGAGGAGGAGGAGGAGGAGAAGGAGAAGGAAAAGGCUACGGUUUCACAGUCAGUACUCUGUCCACAGGAAAAUGACGUUGCGGCUUUGCCAUCCACUUGCUGCCUGGAUUUUUAUCCUCCUCAUUCCUGGCCUCUCUGAAGGAGGGAAACUCCUGGUGGUGCCCAUGGUUGGAAGCCACUGGCUAAGCAUGAAGGAAGUAGUUCAGAAGCUCGCCGAGAGGGGACAUGAAGUGGUGGUGCUUAAACCAGAAGUAAGCUGGCAGAUGGGAGAGAGAGAAAAACAUGCAUACACUGUGAAGACAUACCCAGUGUCCACCAAGUUAGAAGAUCUGGAUCAUGCCUUUAAACUGUUCAUUGGUACUUUCCUGAAGCGUUUGCCUUUCCCAGAGAAUGUUAUAGAACCCUACAAGAACACCGUACACCUUUUCAAAACCUUCUAUCUUGAGUGCAGAGAACUGUUCAGCAGUAUGGAAACACUGCAGUAUUUGAAUCAAAGUGGCUUUGAUGCAGUCCUCACAGAUCCCUUUUUUAUGUGUGGAGCAACAGUUGCCAAUUACCUUUCACUUCCUUUUGUUUUCUUCAUGAGAGGAUUUCCUUGUAAUCUGCAUUAUGAAGCAGCACAGAGCCCAAGCCCUCUGUCGUAUGUACCAAGAGGAACUUCAAUGAACUCAGACCACAUGACAUUUUUCCAGAGAGUGGAAAAUACACUGAUUUCACUCCUGGAGAGCUUUCAGUGUAAUGCAAUGUAUCAAGAUGCAAUACAGUUUUCCUCUGAAGUUCUUCAAAGAGAUGUAUCCCUGAUGGACCUCCUGAACUCUGCUUCUAUUUGGCUAUUAAGAUAUGACUUUGUGUUUGAGUAUCCCAGACCAGUGAUGCCCAAUAUGGUCUUCAUUGGAGGUAUGAACUGUGCUCAGAAGAAACCAUUGGCUAAGGUAUGUUCAUUUUCUCACAUUACAUAUUUUCCAAAGCAAUGUAAUUUCAUGGCUUAUGGAUGGAAAAUGACGUUGCGGCUUUGCCAUCCUCUUGCUGCCUGGAUUUUUAUCCUUUUCAUUCCUGGCCUCUCUGAAGGAGGGAAACUCCUGGUGGUGCCCAUGGUUGGAAGCCACUGGCUAAGCAUGAAGGAAGUAGUUCAGAAGCUCGCCGAGAGGGGACAUGAAGUGGUGGUGCUUAAACCAGAAGUAAGCUGGCAUACGGGAGAGACACAAAAACACGCAUACACUGUGAAAACAUACCCAGUGUCUACCAAAUUAGAAGAUCUGGAUAAUGCUUUUCAGCUGUACUUUGCUACUCACCUGAAGAGUCUGCCUUUCCCACUGUAUGCUUUUGAACUCUACAACAUUUCAACAUACCUUUUUGAAUCCUUCUAUCUUCAGUGCAGAGAAUUGUUCAGCAGCACGGAAACACUGCAGUACUUGAAUCAAAGUGGCUUUGAUGCAGUCCUCACAGACCCUAUUUUUAUGUGUGGAGCAACAGUUGCUAAUUACCUUUCACUUCCAUUUGUGUUCUUCAUGAGAGGAUUACCUUGCAAUCUACACUUUGAAGCAGAACAGAGCCCAAGCCCUCUGUCAUAUGUCCCCAGAACAUUUUCGUUCAACUCAGACCACAUGACAUUUUUCCAGAGAGUGGAAAAUACACUGAUUUCUCUUCUGGAGCACUUUUACUGUUAUGGUUACUAUCGAGCUGCAAUACAGCUUUCCUCUGAAGUUCUUCAAAGGGAUGUAACUCCAAUGGAUCUCCUGAACUCUGCUUCUAUUUCAAUAAUGAGGUUUGACUUUGUGUUUGAGUAUCCCAGACCGGUGAUGCCCAAUAUGGUCUUCGUUGGAGGUAUGAACUGUGCUGAGAAGAAACCACUGCCUAAGCGGGACUAG